AUGCACAGUUACUCUCCACAAUCAUUGACUGAUCAUAUAUAUCCUUAUUACUUUCGUGCAAUGCUUGAGCCUGAUAAUCCUGAUGUUACUGUUGCUGCUUACAUCACACCAGAUCGAUUGGAUGAUUUAGAUGUUAAAAAUUUUGAGUUUCCUCAAGAAAGACAAGAUGUCAAAAGAUUGGUACGAAGUCGUGUAUUGGGAUUAAAAGAUAAGGGUUGGGAACUUAAUAAUGGUCCAACAUGUUUAAGUAAAUGGAUGAAUAGUGAUAAACCAUACAAA